AUGCCGCACUCAACGCGACGUCGUUCAAGUAUUUCUCUUGUGGGAGGCCGACGGCAAAGCUUCGCCCCUGCCGCCGACAUCACCUCCGAGCUUAAUCUCCUCAAAGAAGAAACCCAUACCGGCGAUCACUUCCUGACACCCGCCCAACUGGAGAUCGUAUAUCGGACUAAUGUCGAGGCUGGGCUCACUGAGAGCGUUGCUAAGCAGCUCUUAGAGAUUCAUGGACCCAACGCGCUCGUUGAACUAGGAGGCAAUAGUUACUGGAAAAUUUUUCAACAUAAUCUCUUCGGAUGGUUUCAAUGUGUGCUCUGGGUAGGGGCCAUAAUCAAUUUCAUAGCAUACAUCUUCUUGACUUUUUACGGUUCAUCAGACGGAGGGCAUUCUGAGGUGGAGUAUCUUUACCUCGGCUGCGUAAUUUCAGCUACUGUCUUAGGAACCGGUCUAUUUGGUUUCUAUCAAGAAGCAAAAAAUAUGCAAGUAAUGAGUGGUUUCCAAAAUAUGGUACCACCAAAUGCAGUUGUUGUUCGCGAGGGACAUAAAAAAAUAAUACCCAAUGUUGAUAUCGUAUUGGGAGAUAUUGUAGAAAUGUCAGGAGGAGAAGUGGUUCCAGCUGACGUGCGUAUUUUAACAUGCACUAAUUUUAAAACGGAUAUGUCAUCUUUAACCGGAGAAUCCGAACCGAUCUCGCAUAGGCCUGAAUGUACUCAUGCUAAUCCUUUGGAGUCAAAAAAUAUGGCAUACUUUGGCUGUCCUAUAAUAGAAGGAUCUGCAAAAGGUAUAGUUGUAGCGGUUGGUGAAAUGACCCAAAUUGGAAAAAUAGCUGGUUUAGUGACAGGUCUCAAAAAAGAGGAAACCCCCAUUGCGAAAGAAAUUACACACUUUGUGAAAUUAAUUUGCGGUGUCGCUUUUGUACUUGGCUUUAUCUUCUUUUUGAUGGUAUAUUUUAUUCAGAAGAAUUGGUUCUCUGCUUUGCAAUACAUGCUGGGUAUAAUAUUAGCAAACGUGCCGGAAGGUUUGAUUGUGACACUAACUGUGUGCAUGACUCUAUCUGCUAACCAGCUAAAGAAAAAGAACUGUCUCGCUAAAUCUUUACAAGCAGUAGAAACCUUGGGUUCCACUUCCUGCAUAUGCUCUGACAAAACUGGUACCUUAACGGAGAAUCAGAUGAAAGUAUCACAUUUGUUUUGUAACUUUCAUGUUUAUGAUAAAUUUGAUCAUACUCAUGUAUCCGAUCACACUUAUUCUUAUCUUUGCUUAGCAGCUUCUUUGAACCUUAGAGCUACAUUUGCGCAUGAUACUAUAAAUUUACCUGUUGAGAAGAGAAAAAUAAUGGGUGAUGCAUCUGAAUCUGCAAUAUUACGUUACAUGGAGAUCAAUAGAUCAGCUACUCAGAUUCAACAAGAUAAUCCUAAAGUAGCUGAAAUACCUUUUAGCUCGGCAUAUAAAUAUCAAGUAACAAUUCAUCUGCUACAGGCUACUCAAAGUCAUUAUUUGAUUAUGAAAGGAGCCCCAGAGAUAGUUUUGGAAUAUUGUACAAAAGUGCAUACAGAUGAAGGAGAACAGACAAUAACGCCGCAAUUAAAAAAAGAAUUAAAAGCUAAUUUCAUGAAGUUAGCUAAUAUGGGCGAACGUGUCAUUGGAUAUUGCGAUUUACAGUUGCCUUUGGAAUCUUAUCCCGUCGGUUAUAAAUUUGACACACAGCAGCGGAAUUUUAUGCUCGAAGAUUUGGUUUUUGUUGGAGCUAUAUCUAUGAUAGAUUCACCGAGAGAAGGAAUCGAUCGUGCCAUCGCACUUUGCAGGCAAGCUGGUAUCAAAGUUGUUAUGGUUACCGGCGAUCACCCCUUGACAGCUCUUGCUAUAUCUCGCCAGUGCGGAACUAUCACAUCGCCGACCGCUUAUGAUUAUGCAUUUGAACAUCACAUCGAAGUAACUGACAUACCUCCUCAUAUAAGAAAUAUGUUCACUGCCAUUGUAGUAACAGGUGACGAUUUGAGAAAAAUGAGCGAGGUUGAUUUGAUGGCUGUUCAAACUAAAUACUCGGAAAUUACAUUCGCUAGGACUAGUCCUCAACAGAAAUUGUUUAUAGUGGAAUGUUAUCAAGCUUUACAACAUGUCGUUGCAGUUACAGGGGAUGGUGUAAACGAUUCUCCAGCUUUAAAGAAAGCCGAUAUUGGUAUAGCUAUGGGUAUAAACGGAACCGAAGUAUCAAAACAAACUGCUGACAUGAUUCUACUUGAUGACAAUUUUGCCUCCAUUGUUUUAGGAAUUCAAGAAGGAAGGCGGAUUUUUGAUAAUUUAAAGAAAACAAUUGCAUAUACACUUACUUCCAAUACACCUGAAAUGUUACCGUUUGUUGUUUACGCUUGCGUGGGAUUACCUUUACCAAUAACUUUAAUGCUAAUUUUAGUGAUUAAUGUUGGAACAGAUUUGCUACCAGCGAUGAGCCUCGCAUAUGAAGACUCUGAGAUGGAUAUAAUGUCAGUGCCUCCUCGAAAUCCUUCAGAUCGCCUUGUAAACAGAGUGCUUUUGUUUAUGGCUUAUUUUCAAGUUGGUCUGAUACAAUUCUUCGGUAGUAUGUUUGCUUAUUUUAUAGUUAUGGCUGAAGAUGGAUUUUUCCCAAGCGACCUAUUCUUCAUUCGUAAAUCGUGGGAGAAUAAAACUGAGACUAUUUCCGACACCCUGGGUCGGCCUUGGUUUUACGAGGAGAGGAAAAAAUUGGAGAAAAAAGCACAGACUGCGUAUUUCGUUGCCAUUUGUUGGACCCAAAUUUCGGACGUAAUAAUUUGUAAAACUCGAAGAGUUUCACUUUUAAAGAAGGGUAUGAAGAACCACAUUUUGAAUAUAAGUAUCAUUAUAGAUUUGAUAGCAGCUGUUCUUGUGACCUAUGUCCCUCUUUGUAACGAAGUGUUUGGCACGGAGGUGUUAGAGUGGCAUAACUUCUUUCUAGCCUUACCUUUCAUGUUUCUAAUGAUCAUGGGAGAUGAACUGCGACGAUAUUUAAUAAGGAAUAAUAUUUCGAAGUGGAUCGAAAAAGAAACUUACUAUUAG